GAAAAAAUAUUUUUUGUAUGUUGAGUUUUCUGGUCUUGGGGAACAUCGUCGUCGAUUGAUUUUUAAGGCAAAAAAAUAAUUUAAACGCAAUUUUUUUGCAUUUUUACCGCACAAAACUCGGUUCAAAUAUAAAAAAUCCAGUAGAAAACAAUAACUUUAACUGCAGUUUGCAACCAAAUUCAAAAAAAUAAAUCAACAAGAUGUCCGAGUACUGGCUUAUCUCAGCCCCUGGCGACAAAACCUGUCAGCAAACUUUUGAUGCCAUGAAUAAUCUAACCAACAGACAAAAUAAUUUAUGUAACAACUAUAAAUUUCAUAUACCCGAUUUGAAGGUUGGUACUCUUGAUCAAUUGGUGGGUCUUUCUGAUGAUUUGGGUAAACUUGAUACCUAUGUUGAGCAAAUUACCCGUAAGGUAGCCGCCUAUUUGGGUGAAGUUUUGGAAGACCAAAGAGAUAAAUUGCAUGAAAAUUUACUCGCCAACAACAGCCCUGGUCCGCCUGAUGAUUGUACCAUACAUAAUAAUACCAUAACUACACACUCCGAAUUGACGGGAAAAUCAUCAAAUCUUUCAAAUAGUCGUGAUACCACAACAACAUCUUGUUCGGCAUGCCCUUCGGGAAGUUGUUUAAAUUUUUCCUCCACCGAAGAGUCCGAGCGUGACUAUGAUUUGUUGUCGUCAUCUGUAUCACCUGUAUGCAACUGUGAUUGUGAAUGUGCCACACAAACGACUAAUGCCAUAACAAGUCCUACUCUAACCACUCUGAAUGCCUGCUCGUCCACCUCAUCCACGGCUGGCGCGGCCGAUGAACCUCAGCAUUUUUCCUUUUCCUCAUCGAUUGCAAAUCUUAAAUUGCACACAUCUUCAUCGUCGUACAACCAUCAUCAGCGUCCUUCCCAACUCCUACAACUGCAAAAUCAUUUUUCAGCGUCAUUGAAUAAUGCCGCCUCGACAUCGUCGUGCUUUAUAUCCUCUGCCAUUUCAUCUGCCAAUGUCUGUGCCACCGGACCAGCUACCGCUAAUAGCUCGUAUUUAUGUUCCACAUCGGCUCCCACAUCUGGAGUGGCUAACAACAGUCUAGCUUCGCGUCGUCAGUCUAUUAAUAAAUUAUUAACCACAACACAAAAUAAUAACACUUGUAGCUUAAAUAAUAAUUCCAACUCCACAACAACUACAGCGUUUUGUGGUUUUAAGAACAAAACUUCAUUGACAUCGCCACCACCACCGCCACCAUCUUCUACGACUCAUCAUCAUCAUUCCUUCUCUAGUUCUUCGCGUGGUUUGGCCGGUUUGUUUUGUAGCAGCAAUAGUCGUUCUACAUCGAAAAACGAUGUAAAUGAGUCGCCAUCGUCGCCUCAUCAUAAUCUCCAACAACAACAGCAACAACAUAUUCAGCAGCAACAUCACCAUAAUACAACCACAAACCAACACCAUCAUCAUCAUCACCACCAACAGCAACAUCAUCAUUCUCAUCAUAAUAACGAUAAUCAACACAAACCAAUGAAAAGUAGUGAUAGUUUAUCAGAUGUUAGUGAUACAUUUGAAUGGUGGUUUCAAAGGCACAAAAGAAAUUCCACAAAAAAAAGCAGUCACUCAUCAUCGAGUCAAUUAAAUUUAAAUAUUGGAUUUAAUUUCACAUCAACUCAUAGAUCGUCACCAGUGAGUAGUUGUUGUGGCAGUAGUAGUCAUGGUCGCUCCAGUCCGGACACCGAUAUGGGCGAACCGCCAACAUUGCCCCUAAGUCCAGCCGAUUUAUCUGUGUAUAUUACACACUUCCAAUGGGAUAUGGCUAAGUAUCCAAUUAAGCAAUCCUUGCGCAAUAUUGCCGAUAUUAUUUCCAAACAAAUCGGCCAAAUCGAUGCUGAUUUGAAAACGAAAUCAAAUGCCUACAAUAACUUGAAGGGUAGUUUGCAGAAUUUGGAAAAGAAACAAACUGGCAGUUUGUUGACCCGUAAUUUGGCCGAUUUGGUUAAGAAGGAACAUUUCAUUUUGGAUUCCGAAUAUUUAACCACUCUGUUGGUGAUUGUACCCAAAAUGAUGGCCAAUGACUGGAUGGCCAAUUAUGAAAAAAUCACCGACAUGAUUGUGCCCCGUUCAUCGACUUUGAUUACCUCAGACAAUGAUUACUGUCUCUACAAUGUGACCUUGUUCAAGAAGGUCGUUGAAGAGUUUAAAUUACAUGCCCGCGAAAAGAAAUUCAUUGUACGUGAUUUCGUUUACAAUGAAGAAGAAUUGGCUGCUGGCCAAAAUGAAAGAACUAAAUUGAUUACCGACAAGAAGAAGCAAUUUGGUCCUUUGGUUAGAUGGUUGAAAGUUAACUUCAGUGAAGCUUUCUGUGCUUUAAUACACGUUAAAGCUUUGCGUGUGUUUGUGGAAUCUGUAUUGAGAUACGGUUUACCAGUUAAUUUCCAAGCCAUUCUUAUUGAACCCAACAAGAAGAGCAUGAAACGUCUACGUGAUUGCUUAAAUCAAUUGUAUGGCCAUUUGGAUGGUGCUUCAGCUGCUGGUCAAUCCAGUGCUGCUGAUACUGUUGAUAUACCCGGCUUAGGUUUUGGUCAAUCCGAAUACUUUCCCUAUGUAUUCUAUAAACUCAACAUUGAUAUGAUUGAAUCAGCUAAAAUGUAAAAAAUAAAAAAAAAUGUUAUAAAUUUAUGUUUUAAGAACAAACCUGCUAGAAGACAUUCUAAAUAAGAAAAAGUCAAAAAUACGUUUAAAACCACAACUAAAGAAGAAGAAGAAAAACCACAAUAAUUACAAUAAAAAAACAAAAACAAAACAUAACCUUCUUAAGUAAUUGUUUAGCUUAAUUUUUAACAAAACAAAAAAAAAGUAAUUAAUAAAAAAUGAUAAAUUUAUAAUAGAUGUAUUUGUAAAAUUGAAAAGAGUAAGAAAGAAACCAAACUACCAACAACCAUUAUGUAUAUGUAUUGUAAAAAAAACCCUCUUAUUUCACAAAAAUAACAUUAAUUAAUAAUUAUAACAAAGAAACUACAAAUAGCAGUUUAUAACAGCCAAUAAACUACAAAUAUUUUUAAAGCUGUGGCGGCGGCUUUUUUCUCAACCAUUUUCAACAUCCUUUCAUCAUGUUUCUCUACUCUUUUAUUGUUAUAUUUUAUUUUUUUCUUUAGAUUUUAUUAUAUAUAAAUUUAAAGAAAAUCAUAUUUCCUUUUAUCUUGUUUUAUUUUGUUUUUAUUAAAAAAUAUAAAUUAAGUUACAAUUUUGUGUUUCCAUAAUUAUUUCCUUUUUCUUAUUUAAGUUAAAAUACGAACUUCUAAAAUUUCCUGUUUUUCCCGUUUGGAAUAUUUGUUUAAAAAUUUUGUUAACAGUAUUUUGUGUAUAAUAAUUUGCAAAGAAAAUAUAUAUAUAUAUUAUAAAUAAAAUUUAAACUAUUACUAUUUAAUUUUACAAUAAAAUAAAAUUCCUAAAAAAAAAAUCAAUAUAAAAUUUUUAAAAAAAUCAACAAA